AUGCCUAUGGCAAUGUGUGAGCUGCUUCUCAAAUCAGCAAAUUCCAUACGUCAGGAUCUUCACAGGGAGAUUAAGGUCUACAACGUACCUCCUGGAGAGCGCAUGAAGAUCCCUCUUGUCAGAAAGAAGCUAAAUCUUGAUGAUAUAGCCCAUCGGAUGUUUUCCGAUAGUCAACGCUCCAAGCAGCUCAGUCAAGUAUUAGAGCGAUUCGUGCCUGCGCCCAGCAAGCUUAUCGAACGGCUUAAAUACUACCAAGAAAAUGUUCUUACCCAAAUUCAUCCGGAGCUUCGCCUUGUGGACUAUUUUGAUAAGAGUAAUCGGGUGCAAUAUUUCGACAAGUACGACAGAUAUAUUGCCACUAGCAAACCGUCUUGCUACCUCUGCAGUCAAUAUAUGUCACAUCGCCUCAACUACCACUUGCGAAAAUGCGAUCCAAACGAUAUUGACCUCCACUGGCGCUUGCCUGACAUCCAAGCUGCCGAAAGCAGCGCACAUUUUAAAGAACAGACGGAUAUACUGCGCAAAAUUACGGAGCGCGUUCGCAGAGAUGUUGAGAGUUUUGUACUGGAUCGUUGCUCCGAGAGUAAUGAGUCAUUGAUGGACGAUGAUAUAUCACAGUCGUUUAGCCUUUCCUCUGAGACUACCACGAAAUCGGAGGACCUAUCUUAUGGCGAAGCUGAUGAAUGUCCUACUCCUUAUAGAUUUCCAUUAGGUACCGAAGGUGACAAGCCUUCUGGUUGUGACCAAUAUGCUGGAGGUGAAGAUGAAGAUGAAGAUGAAGAGGACGAAGUGGUUUUCAGGGGAAGGCAGGGAGCCAUUUUCAUUACCUGA